UAUUCAUGAAUGAUAAAUUAUCAAGGUACAUGUACAUGUAUAUAUAGACAUAUAAAUAAACAACUGGCAUCUUUUUACAGCGAAUUUAUCCUAACACGCUCGGAAAUACGCCAACAAAUUUGAAAAUGACCGCCUUAAAGAUUUAUCCAAGUUUCCUUCUGAUCUUGGUGUUUAUUGGACAAUGCCUAUCACGUGACCAGUUGAGACUCCUGAGUUACACCAAGCUAGCAUCCUAUCCUGACCCCGCUCACCAGCUUCCGGUGUACAAGUUGUAUGGUGGCGCGGCAGCAGCAGGUGCCUACGACGUCCAUGGCCAUGUAUUGUAUGUUAUAGGAGACGCGUCCCCUGUUGUUCACGUCCUUGACCUCUCUGACCCGGGAUCCCCGCUACUGCUUGUUGACCAUCUGUUCACUCGGACCCAAGGACAACCACGUGGCGUGGAUGUGUGUGGCGGGGAACUGGCUGUCGUCAUGGCGUCAUCAGAUGAUGUAUAUGAGGGUCACGUGAUGUUCUUUAAGACCUACAGUCAUGAUGUGAAGACUUUGUUGUACCUCCGGACAGUACCUGUGGGUUCCUCUCCAUCCCAUGUGCUGUACUCAAGAGACUGCAAGACCCUGGUUAUCACCAACGAAGGAGCACCUGGAAAGGAUGCCUCCAACAAGUUUGUGGAUCCCGAAGGAUCGGCGACCAUCCUAAGAAAGGACAGAAGUGACACGUGGUCAGAACAAACUGUAGACUUCAAGAAAUUCAACGGAAGAUCUGACAUUCGCCAUCCCUCUGCGUGUGUCAGUACGUCAACCUCUGCAUCCAGUUCUAGUCUGUCGCAGGACCUACAGCCGUCCUACGCUGUCAUCUCGCCGGGUGACCACACAGUGUUCAUGACACUGCAGGAAAAUAAUGCCAUUGCGAAGGUAUCGGUGAGAGGGGGUGAGGUGAAGGCCAUCUACAAUCUCGGUGCAAAGAAUUGGAACCAGAGUCAGUUGGAUCCAAGCGACAGAGACGGAGGAGCCCACCUCGCGAAGUACCCCAUCCACGGGUUAUACCAGCCCCGGGCGAUGAAGCUGUUGCAGAAGGAGGGAAAAACGUACCUGCUGACAGCGGACGAGGGGAGGAUCAGGGAGUACAGCAUGGGGCGGCAUGGCUUCUCCUGGUCCGAGGCAACAGCUGCUUCAGUGGGAGCAGAUGGCUCACAGAACAACACAUUAACUGACAUGUUGAGCCGGCCUGACAAACUAGGUAGACUAAUGAUCAGUAAAUGUGACCUCAACUCGUCGGGGAUUCCCGACAUCCACACGUUUGGUGGGCGUGGAUUUUCUAUCUGGGAUACUACCGACCUGACCCACGGGCCUGUAUAUAACAGUGGGGGUGAGGUAGAGGAGGUCAAUGAACUGCUGCUGGACAAUGUCUUCAACACCGACAUCACAUCAUCUGUAAAUUCAACCCCGGAGAACAUGAGAGAUGCCAGUUCUAAAGAUUUCGGUCCCAACUGAGUGCUCUGGAUGUAGUGGAGGACAAUGGGAAGACAUACCUGGUGUUGGGGAGUCAGACGAUGGGGAGUCUGUACCUAUACACGCUGGACAUGGGCUCGCUGACCACGGACCUCAACCAUGUCUUCAGGCAGGGCGGCACCAGGCAGACCAUGGAGGAUAUGUACAGGCAGGGCACUGCUGGCGACGUCGGGAUCUCCGAUAUCAGACUGAUAUCGUCCAAACAGACGCCAGCCAACAAGACACUGGCAUUGGUCAUUAGCAAUGGAUCAGGCACAGUGUCAGUGUAUGAGAUUGAUCCUUCAUAGGGACACAAUAAACACCAUAAGCAUUCA